AUGGUAUGCGCUAUGGUUUCGUGACUUUUACAACGGCUAGUAGUGCCUAUGAUGCUGUCGAGAGAGCCUCCAGAGACCCUCGAUUAGCAGACUACAAUGUAGCAUUUGGAGGACGACGUCAGUUCUGCGAUUCUAGUUACGCGGAUUUAGAUGGUGUAGCUGUGCUGAGCUACCAGAACGACGAAUUCAGGAAAAUGGUACCCGGAGUACGUUGGUAUCAAGUAGUCCAAUAUGCGGAACUGGUGGAAGUAUCGGAUCUGCUCCAUCCGGAAGCGGAGACUCCUUCGAAGCUUUACUCGCGGAAAUGA